GAGCUGUGGAUAUGAGUGUGUUUGUUUUGAGUGGUGUGAUUAAGAAAUAAGAAAUGUGAUUACGCCUCAUAUUAAAUAAAUAGAUACAUAAAGUGUUUACGUAUUAUAAACCGUGAACAUGAGUAGAAGGAACGCGGAAUACAUAAGUGAAGAUACUGUUGAAUGUUUUUUCUUUCCGACCACAGAUGUAAAUAACCUACAAAUAUUAUGUGAAUCGGUAAACAAAACAGUUCAAGAUUUAUCGUCAGGUUACAUAUGGCACCGGGACGAGUUGAAAGUACACAUUCCAAUAAGUAACAAAGAAUAUAAUGACCAACCACCCCAUCUCACCAGUGUUACAUGUUUUGGAGACAAUAUAGAAGAUGAAUGGUUUAUUGUAUACUUAUUACUGGAAAUCACUAAACAGCACCAAAACAUUGUUGUCCAAGUCAUUGACAAUGACGGAGAAUUUCUCCUGAUAGAGUCUGCAGAUUUCUUGCCUUCAUGGGCAAAUCCAGAAACCACAGAAAAUAGGGUCUUCAUAUACCAGAAUCACAUACAUUUAAUACCACCUAGUGUCAUAGACAGCAACACUGCCUUAAACAUAACUGAGGCAAUCAAUAUGAUGCUUAAAGUGCCACAACAUACUAAAUCGCUUGAAAUUCAACAAGUAAUACUAAAACGCAUUGGUAAUUAUCCUGCAAAAAUCAAUGAAAAUCUUCACAAUGCCGUAGUAACACUCCCUAUUGAUAUUGCAGCCUUAUUGACUUUAAAACCAACAUUGAUAUCACCAAUAGUAAGUGCAUAUUGUAACCAUGACAUUCUUGAUGCUAAAGCUUGCAAAAGCAUCAAGUUUGAUAAUUGUGUAACAACCACAAUUAAAUUCACAAAAUGCCUAUAUGCAAUGCUUAUUCAUUCAAAACUUAUGAAAAAUGUGAAAACUAUGAAAAUAAAUGAAAAUGACAAGAAAAGUAUGAUUGGAGUAAAACUAACUUGUGCUUACGAAAUGAUUAUGAGUAAAUUAUCAGGAGACAUAUUUUCAUCAAAAGAAUUUCAGAAAUUUGUUAAAAGUUUGUCAAAAAAUGGUUAUUUUAAAGACAAUAUUGAAGGUUCCAAAGAUUAUAAACAGUUAUUAGAAAGGGCAAAGGAGUUCUUUUUAAAUAUGGAAUGUCCUAUCAAUACACAGACCAGCAAUUAUAUUACACACCUGAUGCAAACAGCAGAGUUUAAUUCCUUGAAAGAGAUGCUUAAAAUUAAGCCUGCUGAAGAACUCACUGAGGACAAUGAUGACUGGCUAAACAUUCAUCCUGAACAAUUAAAUGACUUAUUAAACUCUCGAUAUGGAAAACAGUCAAAGUUCAAAAGUGGUGAUGUUCUUAACUCUCAGACAUUAACCACCGAGUUAUCUAAUUUCUUAAAACAAACUUCAGACUUUGAAGGGAUAGAAACUGAUAUAAAACAAGGUCCAGAAAAUGGUCCUAUAGAAUUCGAUUCUGAAGAAUUUAUUAAUUCUUUAAAAAAUAUGAUGAAUUUUGUAGCUUCAGGAAAUGAUGCAGAUAUAUAUGUUGACAGUGACUUUAGUGAUGAUAUGGAUGAUUUCACAAUCCCAGAAGGUGAUCUAGACAAGGAACUAAAGGCUAAACUGUUUACUAAUGAUAAAGCUGGACCACAAGACAGUAAAACAAUUUUACUCAAUAUGAUUAAAAGCGUAAAAGAAGAAGAAGGAUCAUCAGGGCCAUCUAGUAAUAUAUUAAAAACAAUUGGUAUUAACAAAACAGAUUUAUUAGACUCUGAUGAUGACCAAGAUUGAUUAACAUUGUUUAAAAAACAAAUUAUUAUUUGUAUAAAAGUAAAAAUUAAAUUUAUAAAACAAAAUUA